AUGCAAUUUGCACCAGGCCUGUGCCUUUCAGCCAUUGGCUGUCUAUUGAAAAGACAAAGGCCUCAUCAAUGGAUUUAUGACCAGGAACUAAUUAGUGCAUCUUUAUCCUUGUUCGAAGGUCUCAACAUAUGUACUAGUGGAAGUGCCACCUCCUGUGAAGAAUGUCUGCUAAUCCACCCAAAAUGUGCCUGGUGUUCCAAAGAGGACUUCGGCAGCCUGCGGUCAGUCACCUCCCGAUGUGACUUGAGGGCAAAUCUGGUCAAAAACGGCUGUAGCGGCGAGUUUGAGAGCCCGGUCAGCAGCACCCAGGUCCUGCGGAGUCUGCCUCUCAGCAGCAAGGGCUCGGGCUCCGCCAGCUCAGACGUCAUCCAGAUGACCCCGCAGAAGAUUGCCGUGACCCUGCGGCCUGGUGACAAGACCACUUUCCAGCUGCAGGUUCGGCAGGUAGAAGAUUAUCCUGUGGACCUGUACUACCUGAUGGACCUCUCCCUGUCCAUGAAGGAUGACCUGGACAACAUCCGGAACCUGGGCACCAAGCUGGCAGACGAGAUGCGGAAGCUCACCAGCAACUUCCGACUGGGGUUUGGGUCUUUUGUAGACAAGAACAUCUCUCCUUUCUCCUACACAGCACCGAGGUACCAGACCAAUCCGUGCAUCGGCUACAAGUUAUUUCCAAACUGUGUCCCCUCCUUUGGGUUCCGUCAUCUGCUGCCUCUCACAGACAGAGUUGACAGCUUCAACGAGGAAGUUCGGAAACAGAGGGUGUCCCGGAACCGAGAUGCCCCGGAGGGGGGCUUUGAUGCAGUGCUCCAGGCAGCUGUCUGCAAGGAGAAGAUCGGCUGGCGAAAGGACGCCCUGCACCUGCUGGUCUUCACAACGGAUGACGUGCCCCACAUUGCACUGGAUGGCAAGCUGGGGGGCCUGGUGCAGCCUCAUGAUGGCCAGUGCCACCUGAAUGAGGCCAAUGAGUAUACUGCAUCCAACCAGAUGGACUACCCAUCCCUUGCCUUGCUUGGAGAGAAAUUGGCAGAAAACAACAUUAACCUUAUCUUUGCAGUGACAAAAAACCAUUAUUCGCUCUACAAGAAUUUUACAGCCCUAAUACCUGGAACAACGGUGGAGAUUUUACACGGAGACUCCAAAAACAUUAUUCAACUGAUCAUCAACGCCUACAGUAGCAUCCGGUCUAAGGUGGAGCUCUCAGUCUGGGAUCAGCCUGAGGAUCUUAACCUCUUCUUCACUGCUACGUGCCAAGAUGGUGUGUCCUACCCUGGCCAGAGGAAAUGUGAGGGCCUGAAGAUCGGGGACACGGCAUCCUUCGAGGUGUCGGUGGAGGCCCGGAGCUGCCCGAGCAGGCUGACAGAGCACAAGUUCACCCUGCGGCCCGUGGGAUUCCGGGACAGCUUGGAGGUGGGGGUCACCUACAACUGCAAGUGCAGCUGCAGCGCCAGCCUGGAGCCGGACAGCACCAGAUGCAGUGGCAAUGGGACUUACGUCUGCGGCCUCUGUGAGUGCAACCCCAGCCACCUGGGCUCCAGGUGCGAGUGCCAGGAGGGGGAGAACCAGAGCUUGUACCAGAACCUGUGCCGGGAGGCGGAGGGCAAGCCGCUGUGCAGCGGGCGAGGGGAGUGCAACUGCAACCAGUGCUCCUGCUUCGAGAGCGAGUUUGGGAAGAUCUACGGGACUUUCUGCGAGUGUGACAACUUCUCCUGUGCCAGGAACAGGGGAGUCCUCUGCUCAGGUCAUGGUGAGUGUCACUGUGGAGAAUGCAAGUGCCACGCAGGUUACAUCGGGGACAACUGUAACUGCUCCACAGACAUCAGCACGUGCCAGGCCAAGGAUGGCCAGAUCUGCAGUGACCGUGGGCUCUGUGUCUGUGGGCAGUGCCAGUGCACAGAGCCAGGAGCCUUUGGGGAGACAUGUGAGAAGUGCCCAACCUGCCCAGAUGCUUGCAGCACCAAGAGAGAUUGUGUGGAGUGCUUGCUGCUUCACUCAGGGAGCCCAGCUGACAACCAGACCUGCCAAAACCUGUGCAAGGAUGAGGUGAUCACAUGGGUGGACAGCAUCGUGAAGGAUGACCAGGAGGCUGUGCUCUGUUUCUACAAAACCGCCAAGGACUGUGUCAUGCUGUUCACCUAUGCAGAGCUCCCCAGUGGGAAGUCCGACCUGAGGGUCCUCAGGGAGCCAGAGUGCGGAACUGCCCCCAACGCCAUGACCAUCCUCCUGGCUGUGGUCGGCAGUAUCCUCUUGGUUGGGAUUGCACUCCUGGCGAUCUGGAAGCUGCUCGUCACCAUCCACGACCGGAGAGAGUUUGCAAAGUUUCAGAGUGAGCGAUCCAGGGCGCGCUAUGAAAUGGCUUCGAACCCUCUGUACAGAGAACCCAUCUCCACACACACCCUGGAUUUCACCUUCAACAAGUUCAACAAAUCCUACAAUGGCACAGUGGACUGAUGCCCUUCUCCACAGGGCCGGAGGUGAAUGGGAAAGUCAGAGACUGACACGCCUGCACGGCUGCUCCAAUGUACAUGGCUCCCUAGGUGGAUGGGCACAGAGACUCCGGGGCGCCAGGGCAAGGGGCGCGUGGGCUGCACCGACAGCCCCGGCCACGGCCCCUGACUGCUGUGGCAGGGCCCUGCUCCCACCGGGAAGGGCGAGGGGCCUUGUGCUCCGGGCUCUCCCCACGCCCCCAGCUUGUCUUCGCAAUGAACUGCUGAGAUCAGGGUAUUGGGGUCUCAGACUGCCCCUGUCCAGUCUGGCCAGAGGAAAAGGCUCUUGGGGGUGUCAGAUUGUAAAAAAUCAACGCACAGUCUGACUUUCUUCGUGUGGAUCAUUUUUAUAUGAAAUAAAAAGAUCGUGCAUUUAUGUAUAGCUCCGAUGACGGAGCACUGUCUGCCUGCUGACUAUGCCUUGCAGCUGGGUGUGGGUGACGGGAUCUAGAAAGGCACUUCUUUACAAAUGUUCGUGUUUCUCCUCCUCGUCCAUGUCUGUUUAGUGGUUUUGUAAUGAAAAGGA